AUGUCGAGCCCGGCGAAGAAACGAAAACUUAACCCGGGCGCUAAGCAAACGUCCGCACCCGCCCGAGGGCUAGAGUAUUUCUUCGCGAAACAAAGGCAAAAUGCGUCCUCGUCAAAUACCCCGUCGAGCCAAGAGAGCAUGGCUCAAUCUAGCCAACCGAGCGACGUCAAUGGUCAGUUGACGGACGAAGAGCUUGCGAAGAAACUCCAAGCUGAGUGGGAUGCGGAAGUCAGGGGUACUUCUGCCCAGAAUACGCCGCACCCCCCAAACCAAAACUUGGAUGCUGUUGGUGCGGAUGCUGGACCCUCGACACUAGAGACACGCACUCCUGCAGAACCAGUCGCAUCACCUUCACCCCAAGUUCCUCAGGCAGUGAAGACUACAAAAACAUUGUCCCUUUCCUCAGCUUCGGCGACCGCAGAUCAGAUAACAACCUCCCUUCCUUUGGACGAAAGUCCACUGACCUUCGAACCCACCAAGUACACUCCGAAACUUCAAGAGAUCUGGGCAGCCGAAGGCGACGAUGCUUCCUAUGCGUUGCUUACUCGAUGCUUUGUGUUAGUGAAUGGUACCCAGAGUCGGAUCAAGAUAGUCGACACCCUCGUCAACUCCAUCCGGCUUCUUAUCGAGGGAGAUCCUUCCAGUUUACUGCCAGCCGUCUGGCUCGCAACGAACGCCAUAUCGCCGCCCUACAUCUCAAUGGAGCUGGGUCUCGGGGGGGCUGCGAUUUCCAAAGCACUCAAACAAGCUUGUGGGCUAGACCAAAGGGCGCUCAAAGCGCUUCAUGAUAAACUGGGGGACCCCGGUGAUGUGGCAUUCGAGGCCAAGAAGAAACAGAGUUUCACCCUUCGCAGGCCGAAACCCCUGACCAUUAAAGGGGUUUUCCAGUCGCUGGUCAAGAUUGCUACCGCCCAAGGUCAGGGCAGCGGGGAUAUUAAGCAGCGGUUUCUUCGUAUCGGCGCCGUCAAGACAACCAUGUUGAUCGCCCUAUCACGGGCAUUCCUACUCUCCAAACCACCUGGUGCAAGCUUCCCCACCCACAAUGCGCAUGAUCUCGCCAAGCUCAAGAAGGAUGAGCUAGCCGAGGUAUGGGCCAGAGGCGAAGAACUUGUGAAAGCAUCUUACGCGCGGCAUCCCGACUACAACGACCUCAUACCCGUCCUCCUGGAAAUCGGUAUUUCCGACGAGCUCCUGAUCCGGUGCGGACUCACGAUGCACAUCCCUUUGCGACCGAUGUUGGGCAGCAUCACCCGCGACCUUUCGGAAAUGCUCACGAAACUCCAAGGUCGUGAUUUUGCCUGCGAAUACAAGUACGACGGGCAACGUGCGCAGGUACACUGUGACCUCAACGGUAAAGUGUCGAUCUUCUCGAGGCAUCUCGAACUUAUGACAGACAAGUACCCGGACCUGGUAGCCCUAGUUCCCAAGUUUAGGGGCGACGGCGUCGAGAGUUUCAUCAUAGAGGGCGAGGUGGUGGCUGUCGACCGUGCCACCGGCGAGUUAAAGAACUUCCAGACCCUCACCAACCGUGCUCGGAAGGAUGUUGCUAUUGGAGCCAUCACCAUCGACGUGUGUCUCUUUUCCUUUGACCUGAUGUACCUCAACGGCAAAUCUCUGCUCGAUCAACCUUUCCGGCGGCGUCGGGAUCUGUUGCGGUCGCUGUUUGUGGAAAUACCCCAUCACUUCACUUGGGUCAAAAGUUUGGAUGCGACGUCCCAAGACUCGGAACCAGUCCUGGAGUUCUUCAAAUCCGCCCUGGAGAACAAAUGCGAGGGCAUCAUGGUCAAGACCCUCGACAAUCUCCCCAACCUUGAGUACCACGGCGACGAGCCCGACCAGCCACCCGAAGAAGCACCAGGUACAACCCCCCCGCCAAAGAAAACCAACACCAACAAACCCAAACGCACCAAGACCACCACCCCUACCCCAGCAAUCACCGCCCCCCCACCCCCCAAAACCCGCCGCAAGCCCCUCCUCGCCACCUACGAACCCGACAAGCGACUCGACUCCUGGCUCAAAGUGAAGAAGGACUACAGCGCAACCUCGGAGACGCUGGACCUCGUACCGGUUGCGGGGUGGCACGGGCAGGGGCGCAAGGCGCAGUGGUGGUCGCCGAUCCUGCUGGCGGUGCGCAACGAGGAGACGGGGUGCCUCGAGGCGGUGUGCAAGUGCAUGUCGGGGUUUACGGAUCGGUUUUAUAGAGAGAAUAGGGCGUUUUAUGGUGGUUCUGGUAACGGUGGGGGUGGGGAUGAUGGUGAGGAGGAAGGGGACGAGGGAGGAGAGGGGGGAGGGAAAACGAAUAUCCUCGCGCGUAAACCGGGGUUUGUGGACUAUGGCGGCCCCGAACCGGAUUCCGACGUAUACGGCGGCGAUUGGGCUGGUGAAGGAGGACCGCGGGCUGAGUUUGAGGUUUCCGAGGUUUUUGAGAAAGAGGGAGGAUAA